UUGGGUGAGAACGGAGAGGAGUUUCAGGGCUCAUUUCGUCGUUUCAGCUUUUACUUGUACUGCCGACGGUGGAGAGGAACUGAGGAAGAAGGAGAGACAAUGGCGGGGGAUAACGAGUCGGCCGUAAGAUUCGGCAUCAUGGGUUGUGCGGGGAUAGCAAGGAAAGUGUCUCGGGCGAUUCGGCUGUCUCCUGCCGCCCGUCUGACGGCGGUCGCGAGCCGGUCCGCGGAGAAGGCCCGGCAGUUCGCCGCCGAGAAUGAGUUCCCGGAGGACGCCCGCGCGUACGGCUCCUACGAGGAGCUCCUGGACGACCCGGCGGUCGACGCCGUCUACGUGCCACUCCCCACGUCGCUCCACCGCCAGUGGGUUGCGGCGGCCGCGAGGAAGGGGAAGCACGUGCUUGUGGAGAAGCCCGCUGCCCUCGACGCGGCGGAGCUGGAGGAGAUGCUGGGGGAGUGCGAGUCGAACGGGGUGCAGUUCAUGGAUGGCACGAUGUGGAUGCACCAUCCGCGGACGGCAAGGAUGAAAUCGCUCCUCAACGACGCCGCACAAUUCGGCGAUCUCAGAUGGAUACACACUUCAUCAACAUUUCAUGGAAACCAAUAUUUCUUGGAGAAUGACAUAAGGGUGAAACCUGAUUUGGAUGGGCUUGGUGCCCUUGGAGAUACAGGUUGGUAUUGUAUAAGGGCCAUAUUAUGGGCCUUCAACUACCAGCUCCCCAAGAGGGUAACUGCCCUACCAGGCACUGUCUUUAACAAAGAUGGAGUAAUUCUAGCUUGUGGGUCUUCCAUGGACUGGAAUGAUGGCAGGUUAGCAACCUUCUACUGCUCAUUCCUCUCACAUACAUCCAUGGACCUCUCUCUUCAUGGAUCCAACGGCUGCCUUCAACUCAAGGACUUCAUCAUCCCCUUCCAGGAGAGCUCGGCCUCUUUCCUGCUUUCUGCUAAUGUUGGUUUAAAUGAGCUUCACACUGGCUGGACAUCCAAACCCAAGGAAUUUGAGGUUGUGAAUGAAUUGCCGCAGGAAGCGCUCUUGAUUGAAGAAUUCUCCAGGUUGGUUAGGGCAAUCCGCAGUUCAGGUUCCCCACCAGACCCAAUGUGGCCUGAUAUUUGUCUGAAGAACCAGCUGGUGCUUGAUGCUGUGAAGAAAUCAAUCGAACAGGGCUGCAAAUCAGUGGAAUUGGGAAACAUGAAGUCAUCGAUGUCACUUGGGACAAACAGCAGAUGAUCUUACAGGUGUGUUGCAGCAUGUAGUGCAAAGCUGCUUGAGUAAAAAAUAAAGCUGCUCUACUUAAGAUGUUUAUUGAUCACAUUAGAUGUUCCUAUCUAUGUAGGCAUCUGCAGAAACAGUUUUAGGAGCCAUUAUGAGAUAGAUGAACACUGAAUGGCUACCAAAUAAAAUUAGAAACGGUUUAGUUUUAGUUGCA